AUGGAAGUACAAGUCAAUUUGGCUGGUAUUUUAGAUGUGCAGCUUGUUGAUGAACAUGACAGAUAUCUAGGCCUUCCUCUGCAUGUGGGAAAAUCAAAAACUGCCAAGUUUGAAUAUAUCAAAGAAAAAGUGACAAAGAAGCUAUGUGCAUCUUUUUUCUGGGGUGAUACAGAUGAGAAAAAGAAAGUGCAAUGGAGAAGUUGGGAAAGAAUGUGCCUUACUAAAGCAGAAGGCGGAAUGGGGUUUAAAAUUAUAUACGCAUAUAAUCUUGCAAUGCUUGCGAAACAAGGUUGGCGUAUACUUUCCAAACCGCAUUCUCUUAUUGCUCAAAUUUUCAAGGCAAGAUAUUAUCCUCAUAGCUCUUUUUUGGAAGCUGAACUAGGAGAAGCCCCAUCUUUCUCUUGGCGCAGCAUCAUGCAAGGCAGAAAAGUUCUGAAAGCAGAUUUACAGUGGAAAAUAGGCGAUGGAAAAAAUGGGGUCAUUUGGAAUGAUAAAUGGUUGCCUCUUUCUACGCCUGAAUUCAUUCAAAAACCUGUUGACUGUACUCUAACCAGGGUGAACGAACUCAUCAAUGAACACACGAGAGAAUGGCAUUCUAAUGUGAUUACUGCUACUUUUCCACCUUACAUUGCAGCAAAAAUUAUGUGUAUUCCACUUAGCAGGAAAACCACUUCUGAUAGGUUGAUAUGGUUUCCAGAAAAGAAGGGUAUGUUCUCUGUCAAAACUGCAUAUUGGAUUGCAAGGAAUCAGGUGUUAUCAGAAGUUCUUACCACCACCUCAUCUGGUAACCCUUUCUCAGUGUUAUGGAAAAAGUUGUGGGCAGCAAAAGUCCCUGGUAAAGUGAAAAAGAAUACCAUAAAGCCAAUAGCAGUGGAAAACAGCACACUGACAGUGAAAAAAGUUUGGAAACCAGCUAGCAAUGGCAACAUGAUCUUGAAUGUGGAUACUGCGUUUCUUCCAAACCAACACAGAGAAGGAAUUGGGGGUGUUCUAAGAGAUGCGGCAGGUAACUUCAUUGCUGCAUUUACCAGGUCUAUUUCUCACACUGCAUCGCCAAAACAGUGUGAGCUACUAGCUAUCAGAGAAGGAAUGGAUAUGCUAUACUCACUACAAACAUGCAAUGUGCAAAUCCACAGUGAAUGUCAAGAGGCAGUGGCAGAAGUCAAAACACCUGACUAUGAGUUGUUAGCUAAUGGUGGAAUUGUGGAUGACAUUAGGCUUGUUCAGCAGAAAUUGAUGAAUGUGUGUCUGAAACACAUACCCAGAACUUGUAACAUCAUUGCUCAUAGACUAGCAGCUAUAGCUUUUAAGGACAAUCUAACCUGUACUGGGCUAGACUAUCCCCCAGAUUGUAUCACUGAUAUCCUCCAGAUCGAAAUUGAAAGACUCCAUUGA